AUGGAAAGCAACAUGGGAUAUCUAAUUUCGGCAGCAUGUUUACUGGUUUUCCUGAUGGCCCCUUUUUGCAUGGGGUACACAGAAGAAGAGUUCAUAGAGGAUCUGCUGACACUCAAGAGCGUUUACAAUGGAUCAACCGACGAAAUUACGGGAGUUGAACAUCUUGUGGGAUUGAUUGAUGAAUACAGCAGUAAUGCUUCCCACUUUUCCGCCGAAGAAAUGGACAAAAUCAACAGGACCAACGACUUCUAUAUCACACCUGAACUUAAGAGAAAUAUGGGGAAAUCGUUACUUAAUUUCAUAGUAAAGAAGAUUGUAUCUAGAAUUUUCGAAGAGUUGCGUAAAUCAUUAUUUGGUUGGUUUGAUGAAUUAGUUUACGAAUAA